AUGCCUCCUGUACCACCACUCUUUGUCCUCCCGAUCCCCCCAUCAUCGGCCACUUCAGCCACUCAACAGCAGGGGAGCUUCAUCUGCACCCAGGCCGCCCCACAGGUCUAUCUGCUCUCCUUUUCCAGCCCACCCGACAACCGCCUCGUUCCCGCGUUCAACGAGACUUUCCUCCUGGCGCUCGACAUCAUUGAACACAAGUUGCCCCGGGGGGUCGUCGUCACCACCUCCUCGAUCCAAAAGUUCUAUUCCAACGGUCUCGAUUUCGAGAAUGCCAUUCGAGACCCCAACUUCUUCCCCGGCAGCUUGUAUCCACUAUGGAGGCGCCUCAUUACUUAUCCCAUGCCGACGAUUGCUCUGAUGAAUGGACACGCAUUCGCCGGCGGUCUCAUGACGGCGAUGAUGCACGACUACCGCAUCAUGAAUCCCCACAAGGGCUUUGUAUGCCUGAAUGAGCUCGACUUUGGCGCGAGUCUACAACCCACCAUGGCGUCCGUGUUCCGGGUCAAGCUGAGCAUGUCCACCUUCCGCAACAUGGUUCUCGAGAGCAAGAGAUACCCGGCCCUGGAGGCUUUGAAGGAGGGCAUCAUCGACGGCGUGGGGAGCGUCGACGAAACGCUGGCUUUCAUCGCCGAGAUGAAGCUCACCCAGAAAGCCCAGGGCAAGUCCUACGGCAAGAUCAAAGAGGAGCUGUACCGUGAGGUCGUCAAGGAUUUGGACGAAGGCAGUGAGGUCCCGAAAACACUGGCCGCCAGAGAUCUGGACCGCAAUCGCAGAGACCUGGAAGCCAGGAAGCGGGUUGAUGCGUACCAGGCCGUCGUGCAGAGGGCAAAGUUGUGA